CGCUCCCCACAAUCCUUCGCGGUGGCCCAAGAUGGCCGCGCCCAGUGGCCCCCUGAGCGCUUUGGAGAGCAGCAGCAGCAGCAGCAGCGAUGAGGAGGAGCUGGCACGGUGCCGCGAGGCAGCGAUGCCGGCCUGGGGCUUGGAGCAUCGCUCGAGGGGGCCGGAGAAGCCAAAAGCCGAUGCCGCAAAUAAUCAGUUGCCAGCCAGCCAGCCAAGCCUCAGGCGGAAAGCGGACGAACAUGAACAAGAUGGCAAUGAGCUUCAGACCACCCCUGAAUUCCGAGCCCACGUAGCCAAGAAACUGGGAGCCCUGCUGGACAGCUCAAUUACCAUCUCAGAAGUAGUGAAGGAGCCGAAAAAGACUGAAAUACAGAAAGUCCCCCCGGAGGAUGAUGGCUUCCGCCUUUUCUUCACAUCCAUCCCCGGAGACUCCGACAAGAAAGCUGCUCCCCAGCCCAGCCGAAAGCGCUUCCCUUCCGGCUCCAGAACACUUAGAAGGCAAGGACUCCAUUCACCCAUUCGCGGAUGCCCGGGGCCAACCUACUCCCCUCCCCCAGAGUGCCUUGCGCGGAACAGCUUCCAGGAUCUCUGCUGGUCCCCAGGGAGCACUUUGACCUCUGCUCCCCCCUCAAGUGCUGUGGAUCGAGCCUCCCCCCCCACCCACCAUUCCACUAAAGGGGCUGCUGAUCAACAGGCCCCACCCAGCCAGGUAAGAAAGGCCCUUGGCACCUCCUGCCCCCACUCCCACCCCAAAGCCCCCAGUCCCAUCUGGGGCCCUGAGCAGGUCUGGCCCAGCCCCACCCUGUCUCGGUGGCCCUCGCCCUGGGUCUGGCAAUGCCUGACUCUUUGCCCCUCCCCUGCAGCUCAGCAGGGCCCUUUGCCCUCUUCUUCCUGCCAAGUCAGGGGGCCCAAGCUGCUCCCUGCCCCCUGCCCAGGCCCUCACAAGGCCAGGCAGACCCUGAGGGCUCCCCCACCCCAAGCUGGGAUCAGGACCUUGGACAGAAAAAGAGAUGGUCCCCUAGAGAGCGUCUCUGGGACUCUCCCUCUGGCUGCCUCGUCCUGGGAAUUGAAAGCACCAAACAGAGUGGCUGUGGAGUCUCAGCUGGGUGGCCUUAGUCAAGCUACCUUCCCUCUCUGGGCCUCGGUUUCCUCAUCUGUGAAGCAGAGUUAUGCCUAGCUUCCUUCCAGGGUUCGUCUCAACAUUAUCUGAACAUCUGCGUAUAAAACUGCAGUACAGUACCUGGCUGUUAGGAUUAGAGCUUAGGAGCCUUUGGGGAGGCAGUCCCUGUAGCCCCUGGGCCCCCUCCCCCCACCCCUGCUUGGUGGGAGGUUGGUUGGCCCAAGUCUCCCCAGGCCAUCUUUACAAGUUAAUGAUCACAGGCCUUAUCAGAGCCUUUUACCGUUUAUAAAUUUAUAAAACAAAAGAGAAAUAAUAAAGCUCGUGGGUAAUUAGUAACCAGGUCAGCACUGCUGAGGAGAGGGGAGGCAUCGGGCUCAGACCCACCCAGUUCUCUGGGAGAUGGGGAGCCGGCCAGUGGAUGGGGGUACACAGGGAGGCCUCUAAUGGUGCCUGCUGGUGAGUUGUGGGGGCCUAACUAACACUGUGCAGGAAAGGGGAACCAGGUCCUGCUCCGAGGUUCCAUCUCACUCAGGUAAGACCUGGGCUUUCCUGGCUUAAUGCUUGAGUCCCUGGGUGGCUAAGGGAGCCCCUAACAUCGGCACCCCCUCUCGCUAACCGUGCUUCCUGACCCUGGAGCCUGCGAUCUGAGUGCAUAGCAGGAAGUUAGGGUUUGGGAAGUAGAAAUGGCCCUGGUGGCUAAAAAUUCCCACCACCCUCUGGUUCUCCAGGCACUUGAAUUAUGAGCUUUCCUGCUUUCCACCCCCACUCCCACCCCGGCUCAGAGCUCCCCUGGAGCAUGCCUUUCC